CUGCAAACUCAGUCCUGCUCUCCUGUACACGGUGCAGGGCAGAGGGAGAGCCAAUCACCGAAACGCACAGGCUCCCUUUAAGCCUGACAUAUCUGCAACAGGAACAAACUGUCCCAACAAUCAACAUCCCAAUCUGCUGCGCGCAUCACGGGCUGGAGAGGAGUGGAUCGCCUACAGGGCCUGUGCUGCGCGGACGGACUGCGCCGGAUUGUAUCACGACAAGAAACAAAAAGAGACGCAGAAAAUAAACGACAUCUACCGUUUUGGAUACCAACGUUUUGGGCGGAGGAGUGAGCUCGGACAUCAUGUCUAUAUUGCCGUCCUUCGGGUUUACGCAGGAGCAAGUGGCGUGCGUUUGCGAGGUGUUGCAGCAGGGAGGAAAUCUAGAGAGGCUCGGCCGCUUCCUGUGGUCUCUACCCGCUUGCGAUCACCUCCACAAGAACGAAAGCGUCCUCAAAGCCAAGGCGGUGGUGGCCUUUCAUCGGGGGAACUUCAGAGAACUCUACAAGAUCCUGGAAAGCCAUCAGUUUUCUCCGCACAACCACCCGAAGCUGCAGCAGCUCUGGCUGAAGGCGCACUACGUGGAGGCGGAGAAGCUGCGCGGCCGGCCGCUCGGAGCUGUAGGAAAGUACCGGGUGCGGAGGAAAUUCCCGCUGCCCCGCACGAUAUGGGACGGCGAGGAGACCAGCUACUGCUUUAAGGAGAAGUCCAGGGGCGUCCUGAGAGAGUGGUACACACAUAACCCCUACCCGUCCCCGCGGGAAAAGAGAGAGCUGGCCGAGGCCACAGGACUGACCACCACGCAGGUCAGCAACUGGUUCAAAAACAGACGGCAGAGGGACAGAGCCGCAGAGGCGAAGGAGAGAGAGAACAGUGAAAACAACAACGCAGGCGGCAACAAACAGAACCAGCUGUCCCCGCUCGACGGAGGGAAGUCUCUCAUGUCCAGCUCGGAGGACGAGUUUUCUCCACCUCAGAGCCCCGACCAGAACUCAGCGCUUUUGCUUCAGGGCAACAUGAGCCAUCCCGGGGCCUCAGCUUACCCCAUGUCCGGCCUGGGGCCCCCACAGCCGGUGCACAGCAUGCACGGACACCCGCACCAACUGCAGGACUCCUUGUUGGGACCUCUAACCUCCAGUCUUGUGGAUUUGGGCUCUUAAAGAGGCUGCCAGAUUAUUAUAUUUUACAAAAACGGCCCCCUCACUCCCCCCCCCCCCCGUCCAACAAAAAAAGAAGACUGAUAAGUAUAUCAGAUUGAGUACAUGUAUGAAAUAACACUAUAGUAGCCUACCUUAUAAUAUAGACUGACUUGUCUGUCGUUAAAUUUGGUUAGAACAAAUUUCUUUAUGCGCUUAUCCUGUAUGCCCCCCCUGCCAGGAGGAUUUUCUGAUCUCCUGGACAUGGAAACACACCAACAGGACCUGCUUGAAACUCUUAACUCAAACAAACACUUAACUGGACCGCCCAUUUGCUUAAUUUAUGAUAUUUUGUUGAGAUAAAAGAAUUAUAGCAAACUCCUGCGAUGGAAACUAAGAGGUAACGUUUUCAUUAGGGUCAUGAUAAUUAGUUUCCAAUAAAACAAAAGUAAUGCA